AUGGAAGCUUUAUUGAAAAAGUACAACGUGACCCAUCGUGUCUCUACCGCCUAUCACCCUCAAACAAAUGGUCAAGCGGAGGUUUCGAAUCGUGAAGUGAAGUCUAUUCUAGAGAAAACAGUGAAUCCGACAAGGAAGGAUUGUAGUUUGAGACUAGACGAUGCCUUAUGGGCCUAUCGGACUGCGUACAAGACCCCGAUAGGAAUGUCCCUGUUUAGGUUGGUCUUUGGAAAGCCAUGUCAUCUUCUCGUCGAGUUAGAGCACCGUGCAUUUUGGGCGGUCAAGCAAUGCAAUUUCAACAUUGACGAGGCGGGAAGGCAUAGGAAACUUCAACUCCAAGAGCUAGAAGAAUUGAGAAACGACUCCUAUGAAAACGCAAGGAUUUACAAGGAGAAAACAAAGCUCUUCCACGACAAGUCCAUCAACCAGAAGCAUUUUGAACCGGGGCAUAGGGUCUUACUAUACCAUUCACGAUUGAAGUUAUUUCCAGGCAAGCUAAGGUCAAUAUGGAUUGGACCUUUUGUUGUGAUUAAGACCUUUGACCAUGGGGUGGUGGAAAUUCAAAGCGAAAAGACGGGACAAAAUUUCAAAGUAAAUGGGCACCGGUUGAAGCCAUUCUAUGAAGGUUUCAGUGCUAAUGCCCUUGAAAUCAUCCAUUCGGAUGUCCCGAUGUGUUGA